AUGGAGCUGGAUGAGGGGCCCCUGAGGGCCCCUGGUUUGGGGCCCCCGGGGGCCCCUCCCCGUGCGUCUGCGUCUCCACCAACGGGCUUCUAUUCAAACUUCUUCUCCUCCUUUCAGGGGCCUAUCAGCAGAGCAGAGACAAACUUUAUAAGAGACGGAGCAGCUUGUGGGGCAGACGCUAUUCUGCCUGGAGGGGGGGGCACCCAGGAGCUGUACUCUGUCUCCGUUGGGUGUGGGGCUGCAGAGCAGGAGCUAGCUGAGGUGACAGGGGGAGAUGGUGGUUCUCUCUCGAGCCUUCUACAGGCUAUGCUGGAGCAGCUGCUGCUGCCUCACCUUCGGCCCCUUACGGAUGCUAAUGGCCGCCCAGAGUGGAGGAUCUCUAUAGACGUCAUUGUCCUCAAAGCAGGUGGCUGUCUACUCGACGCAGUCAGCAUGGCCAUAUGGGGCGCGCUCAAGUCCCUCAAGCUCCCGGCGGUGUUUAUUGAGGAAGCAGAAGAGAAAGAUCAGGGUCUCGCCCAGACGGAGUACAAGGUCUCAUGUGAUGAGCGGUCAGCUUGCUGUCUCGGAUAG